AUGGACUCCGCGAGGAGCUGGGUGCUUGCUGCGGCCUGCUGUUGGAUCAACACAUUUUCCUUCGCCACGUUUCGCGCGGCACCGGUGAUUUACGUCGGCAUCAUGACAACCUACCACGUGACCCGCCAGGAGGCUGCGUGGCCACUGUUCAUCACCGGCGUGAUAUACACUGCCGCCGCCCUAGGGGCCGGACUUUUGACGAGAUGCGUGGCAGUAUGGAAGCUGACCUUGACGGGGUGCCUUCUAAGCUCCCUGUCCGUCUCUGUCUGCAUCUUUGCAAACGGGAUUCCAUACCUGUCAUUCUUCCUGGGCGUUGCACAUGGUUGCGGCAUAGCCCUUUUGACACUCUGCAACACAGUCAUCAGUCAGCACUUUCUCCGCUACCGAACCGUCGCAUCUGGGAUUAGCAACGCCGGCGUCACCUUGGGUAGCUUCCUCUACCCACCACUUGUGCAGUUCUUGUUCGACGAGUAUGGCACAAGGGGAGGCUUGCUGCUCUGCGGCGGCGUCAUGCUCAACGCAACUGCUGGCGCACUUCUGCACCGAGUGCCUCCUAGUCCACAAAAAAAGCCAGUUGCUCCAUUUGGUAAAGCUCCACCACGACUGGAUUGCCCGAUGAAUCACGAUACAAGUAGAAUGAUCACGCAGGACAUUUCAGUUAAAAGGAGCCCCAACACAUCCCAAGACGAUGAACAGUUUACAAGUGAGAUGGGUGAUUACUUCAAAGAGAAAGACCUCCACGCUUGCACUGAUGUCGCAGACGCUGAAGCUGCAAACAAUCUUCUCAAAAAGGGUGAUGCAAAGGCUCUGCGUGAGGCGGGCGAACCCGAUGAAAGGUGUAUGAUGGUGAAAGGUUCUUUUCAGAAACAACAUGACGGAGUAUCUGAGCCCAUCCCGGUGAAAAUGAAUACUGGCCUGGUGUCCUUCCUCUGGCUUCCUAAAUUCUACCUAAUCUCUCUGUCGCAGGCACAGAUUGUGACAAACAUGUCAACUUACUUAACCGUCAUCGUGGACUUGGCGAUGGACAGAAACAUUCCCAAAUGGGACUCUGUAUUCUUGUUGUUAUUUUACGCAACAUCAGAUUUGUUGGCGAGGAUAGGGUCUGGCUGGAUUACGGACAAAGGUGUACUGAAGAAGAGCAUAAUGAUGGCCUUGAACUUGCUGCUCUGGUCCUCAGCACUCUGCUUGAUGCCCCUCUGCUAUUCUUUUUAUCUUCAAUCUUUGUUGGCCCUUUUGGCGGGCUGGUGCAAUGGUGCCACUUUCAUCAUGAUACCGGUGCUUCUCAUGGAACUUGUGGGCCUCGAAAAGUUCAGUGUGUGCUUUGGUACCUCGUUCCUUCUGUGCGGGCUCCCACUUCUAGUGAUGCCAGGCCUGAUUGGAUACUUUAGAGACACCCUUGGAAACUACCAGGGACUAUUUUUCCUUCUUGGUGGCCUAACCUUCUUUGCCGGCUUAAUAUGGUUGUGGUCUUUUUGUCAAGAGAAGGCAAAGUGGGUUUCGGAACGCGAAUCUAAGAAUGCAUCGAUCAUUAAGCCAUAAAGCUCCCUGCAAAACUCAGAAGGUGGAACGGAGAAACCAGGUUCAGAGCCUAAAAAAAGUUAAUUUCAUCGUGUUUUGGUGAAGUUAUUUUUCCUAGCCGGCGCCAAGAACCGCCUGUCCUGCGCAAGACACAUGACACGGCGUUGAUGUUCACGGGCACCAGUAAAGGGUGUCCAAACAUGACACUUAAGAGCGCGUGAAGCGAAUUUCUUGGUGAAAGUUCAAGUCCGGCAGUCUGUCUUCUGUUUGGACAUUCACCAGGCAAACAUCACGGCUUUCCUCCUCGCCUCCUCUGAUUUUCUGUGACGUCAGUGCUCGUCAGACCUGACGCCACAUACGACCUACCAAUGGCGCGCCUGUCCAUCUGUUCUACCGCGCCUCGUAUCCCGCCCUUUCCCGUUUGUGUGAUUUGAAGAGCCGUGGAGGCAUGGAGCGAUUGAGCGAUCGCCAACAGAGCGUGUCAGUGGCUGUCCGUGGACCCAGGUGAUGAGCAUGCUGUAGGUGUCCGUAAAGGACAUAAGCAUUUGUUGGCGGACGGAAGCUUUCCCUUUGGCAAAAAACGCGAACGGAAGCGG